GAAUUCGUCCGCAUUCGUGAAGCUGACCGCUUCUUGGACGCGCCAAGCUGCGUGUAUACUAUCACCGCUCCGAAUACUGCCUCUCCUUGUUUUGUCGUAUCGGACCUUUAUUCUCGCAGUUACUAUCACACCCAUCACAUCCUCACUGGUGUUCUGCAAUACCAUCUUGCAUCACACUGGCGUGAUUACCAAGCCUUCAUGUUCUUUUCGUUGGGUGCACGAAGAGUUACUGUCCCCUUCCACCUAGACUGGAAAGAUGGGGACAACGCAGGACCAUGAUCAUCGUGAAGCCUCAGAAAAGAAAUCCCGUGACUGCUUUGUGCGAUGGUACGGUUACGAGGCUUUGAAUCCCGGCACACCUGUACCUUUUACAGCUUUAACCCUCGCCCAAGCCAAGCUCAAAGUCAAUGGUCAUGUUCAGAGCAUAUUCGAAUCUUGGAGGAAGCUCAAUCGUAUCAUAUCGACCAGAGAAGCCGUCAUUCGGAGGAGGUGGAUUAAAAAGACACACGAGCAACGCAAGAAGAUACUUCUUGCAGGAUGGCCAGGCAUGCCCAGCAUGCACAGACCCGACUUUUAUGAGAUGCUCCGCCGCUACGCCAGUCGUGGCGAUUCUACCAAAUUCUGGGAUUCAGCGUUGGGACAUCCUGCUAUCAACAUGGAGGAUCUGCUUCAAGCCAAGUCGCUCCUUCUCCUGCUCAACUCUCGUGGGCGCCAUCUGCCGGAUGUCUUUGCCCACGCCGAUCUCGAAAGCUGCCGGAUGGAGUUGAUCGCAAACGCAAUCAGACUGCCGCUUCUACCAAGAGGCUUUGCAAUGUUGCUCGCUGGACAGGAAACCGAGGAGAAAUAUGGCAUGAUACAACCAGAAAACGGCAAAUCUGGGUCUUCAUACUUCUGCGAAUGCCGCGGUUUCUUGGUACUCCAGACGCAGGAAAAGCUCCUCAAGUUCCUCCUCGAGUGUUGCUAUCGAAUACUACACGACAUCCCACAUGAUGCACUCAUCAAUCCAAACGUGCCAGUGCAAGCAGAGCCAGAGGCUAUUACGGUCACCGAGACCUCAUACUUUCAGCUGUCGGCAGUUGUGGUUGAAAGCCUUUAUCGAGCACCGAAAGAGCUCGACACAAUGCGGUUGCUUAAGCUGAUUGAAGCAAGGAAAGCCCAGGCUACAGACCACGUUUGGGACAUGAGAGAAGAUCCCGGAUACUUUGCAUCGACUGUCAUAGACUACGCCAAUUUUCAGCCCCAUCCAAAUCAGGAGGAAUCCGCCCAUUCACACGACCUUGUUACCUGGAGCGACAUCGUCAGCCGCACAGUAUUUUGUACGUACGUUGACUGGGCCGCCUGGACGGAUCUUGAUGCAAAGGCAGCAAUACUUGACGAUAGAGCAAGUACCGAUUUCAGACAUCUCGACCACACAAAGCCACUGCCUAAAAACCUUGAAGAUGCCCUACUCGAUGUUGCCAAUGCCGCAGAAUCCAUCGUGGUGGAGCAGGCCCGCCGACUUGAGUCAGCAUAUUCCCGUUCAGGACAGGAUUUCCUUUCCAUCCAGGACGUCUCCGGCGCCUUUGGACAUGGACACGUCGACACGUCUCCAGGAGACCUUUUCAAGCUCACAUUUAGCCUGCUUUGCAGCACGGGCAACUGCGACUUCCUCGCUAUGGUUGGGGGUUGGAGCUUCAUCGACGUGAUUCAGCACAUGCUCGAUCAGAAGCCCUCGCUCAAGAAAAAGGUGUCUGCCUACAUACUGGGCAUCUUCUCCGAUCUCUCCCUUUCCCUCCAAAUUCUCAAGGAAAUUCUCGACUUCUUUCCGUGGUCUGCAAGCUUCCCUGACAAGUUGAAGACGAGAAAGCACCGCUGGAUGACCUGUUGUGCGAGUUACACGCUAUGGUGGACAGACAUGUACAACUGUUUGAAGUCCUCGCAGACCAGCACUGGACUGCCACGACUUGUGCUGCCACUUACGACCACAUUCUACUAUCCCACUGACAAGCCUUAUAACCAAGCCAACGUGGACGCUCUACGACGUGCCGAGAGACAUCUGGACGACCUUUGGGAGAGCAUCGACGGUGCUUGUGAUGACGUCGAACAGACUUUGCAUGGGUGUUUCAGGAAUGUCAUGCGAGGGACCCGCGAGAUCAAGAGAACUGGCCCGUGGAUACCGCCAGCCUCGUCCCUACCAGAACCUCAAUCACAGCCCAGCUGUGGGAAUGAAUCAUGUUCCAGUGACAUUACGGUUACACAAGAGAAGCUCACCCAUCUCACAGUAUCAGAAACGCCACGCACUAAGGUAAAGACUCGUGGUACGCCGGAUACACUGCGUUCUCAUGACCAGAACGAGCCCGUUAUCCCAAAGGCUGAGGUCUCGGCACCGGCCCCAGCAACAUACCACGUCUCGGAACGCGCCUUGAAGGUCUUCAACAACAUGUUCCAUGUGGAAUCCACCGAAACAAAACAGCGAGAGAUUGCAUGGACGGACUUCCUCCACGCAAUGACUGCCGUGGGCUUUUCAGCAGAGAAAUUGUAUGGGUCGGUCUGGCAUUUUGCGCCCGGAGGGCUAGAGGGAGGAAGCAUACACAUCCACGAGCCACACCCAUCAAGUAAGAUUCCUUUCAGGAUUGCACGGCGUAUUGGGAGGAGAUUGAGUCGUCAGUAUGGAUGGACUGGCGAGACGUUUACUUCGGGAUGAAUGGGUUGAGCAACGGGAUUUUUGAUAGUCAGAUAAGGUUCAAAGCCUUGUUGGAUACUCAGCGAGGUUGCAUUGGCAUUGAUUGAGGUGU